AGAAGCGGUGAGCAUUCGCCGGUCUCCACAUGCGUGGCCAGCGCCUGAUGCCACGGCUGCAGUGGUCCGCCAAAGGGCUCGGUGCGCAUGCGCAAGUCGCUGCCGGCGCCGAAAGAGACGCAGCGGCAGAAGAGCAUCUCCAUGACGAAGAGCUCCAGCGAGGCGGGCCCAAGUGUGCUGCGGCCAGCUGCGCCUGCCGCCUCCACCCAUGCCGAGACGUACUCGCCGGCGCCAGACUCGCCGAUGUCUGGCAUCGCGGGCUCGAGCAGCGGCCUGACAGGCGCCGCCCUUCCGCGGAGAGGAGCCAUUGCUGCAGAGUCGCCCGGCGGGCACUCGUUCAUGUCCGACGAGAGCGUGCCGCGGCCGCCGCCGUCGGCGCUCACGCCACAUUACGAGAACUCGCCAGGCGGCUGGAUGGCGCCGCCGCCGAGCCGCAUGCGCCGGCCAUCGCCGCCUGCCGCGACGCUGUCCGACCAGGCGCCUCCGCUGCCUAGCAUACGAGGUGCACAGGCGCAGCGCUUCGACUUCAGUGCCAGCAUGCCGCUGGAGGCACCCUCGAGCAGCCGACAGACGUCGUACAACGGGCAGGACGGCAUGCCGCGCUUCACAUCGAGCAACGCGCCGCCAUUGCCACCCGCUGCCGUGUCUCCAUUCGAGACUGGCCCGUUGCCGAGCUAUCCACGCAGUCCUUCACACUGGACCGGCCCGAGCAUGCCUGGCUCCUCGGCUGGCGGCGCGAUGGGAGCAGCCUCGGCGCUGGAGCCGCGCGUGCAGUCGCCUGCCUCUGCGAGCUCGCCAUCCGACUUUGGCUUCCGCAAUUUUGACCUCGAGCGCAAGCGCGGCAGCCUGCAGGGCUUGGCCAACUGGCAGAACUUCAGCAUGAACGGCGCAUACCCAUUCCCGCCGAACAGUGCCACGAGCGGCUGGGUGCAGAAGGGUCACCGCUCCUCCUCGGCUCACCCGACCAUUGGCCGCGACGAGCAGCUCUCCGGCACAGCCAACGCCGUGCUGCAGCGUGACCGCACCUCAGACGCAUCCACGUUGAGCGGCGGCAGCCGCAACAGCUCCAUCACCGAGGCCAAGCUGCUGCGCAGCGGGCGCAAGCUGAGCACGACGCGCUCGCCGCCGGCGACGAUGGAGGACAUCUGGCCGAUCGCGGACCCGACCGACUUCUUCCACCGGCCCGUCACGCUCGAAGAGCCCGCGAUUCCGCAGAUCAUCUUCGACAAGCUGUGGGGCGAAUUGUACCCGGUCGCCAUUGUCGAGCACUGGCCGUACAUGUGCUGGGUCGGCCUCGAUCCGCGCGGCGGCUCGCACCGCGCCCAGGCCGAGCGCACGCCGCUUCUGCAUAGCGCCAUCUGUGCGCUCAUCGCCACGACAUGGAUGGGCCCCACCGACGAGCCGUUCAUCGAGCCCUCACACCUCUGGGAUCCCGUGCAGGCCAGCAUGUCUGGCGCCUCGCUCUCGCUGCGCCAGCUGAGCCACGUGCUGGCGGCGCGCGCACGGCUCUACCUCGAGGGCGCAGACGAGACGGCGCCGCAGACGAUCGCCGCGUAUCUCUAUCUGCUGAACAUUGAGUGGCGUGCCUCGCGGCAUCGCGAGGCCGAGCGCUACGGCACUCUCGCGAUCCGUGCCGUGCUAGAGAGAGGCUGGCACCGCUCUGAUACGGCCAUCCUCGGCGAUGGGGCCGUGGGCAAGGACCGCAUGGGCAACCGUCUGUUUUGGGUCACGUUUGCGUGCGAGUGAGUAGAGUCUGGACUGGCGAGCGAUACGAGUCGAGCUGACAGUGAGACACCAGCAAAUACGUGUCGAUGGCUGUCGGACGCCCGCCGUUCUUGCGCUACGUCGAGCAGGAUUGUCCCUUUCCCGACUCGCCCGAGGAAGACGCGCUGGCAGGCGACGGCCUCACGAGCGACUGGCCGCCGGAUGCCUCCUUUGCGCCGGAGAUCGGAGGCUGGCAUGGCCACCACCGGCUGCUGAAGCGCUUGCAUCGCGGCCUGACGCUCACGCCCAUUCUCGAGGGCCUGCUCACCCAGGUGCGUACAAGAUCAAGUCUUGAUCUGA